CUGGAGCUUUCCUUAUGUUUUCACUUUUUUGCUGUGAAAAGAACAGCUCAGCUCGCGGACGCCCACCAGGCCUGGCGUUAUGCAGCGUCCCUGCAGUAACCCCCAGUCAUCUGGACAUCCUUCAGCGGAUGUCCCUCCAGAAGCCGUGGUUGAGGCGCGCUGGGGGAUGCGCAGGAGCCUGCGGCCGAGAGUUGGUCCUUCUAGGGCCCGAGGCUCAGCCUCAAAUUGGGCAGCUGGACAGAAAUUGCAAUUUUAGGAUGAGGAAAGGAAGAGGAAGAACAAGCCGGAUCAGAAGACGGAAACUCUUCAGAAGUUCUCUAUCAAGAGGAGUGAAUGAGAGCUACAAGCCUGAAUUUAUAGAGCUUAAGAAGUGGCUGAAAGAUAGGAAGUUUGAAGAUACAAACUUAAUACCUGCUUGUUUUCCAGGUACGGGAAGAGGGCUGAUGAGCAAAACAUCCCUGAGGGAGGGACAGAUGAUUAUUUCGUUGCCUGAGAGUUGCCUGCUCACCACGGACACAGUGAUUAGGAGCUACUUAGGGGCGUACAUUGCUAAGUGGCAGCCUCCUCCAUCUCCUCUGCUGGCUCUCUGCACCUUUUUAGUCUCAGAAAAGCAUGCUGGGGACCAGUCUCUCUGGAAACCUUACCUGGAGAUUUUACCGAAGGCCUACACCUGCCCUGUGUGUUUGGAGCCAGAAGUGGUGAAUCUUUUCCCCAAACCUUUGAAAGCAAAGGCUGAAGAACAGAGAGCCCGCGUGCAGGGGUUCUUUUCUUCCUCCAGAGACUUCUUCUCUUCCCUGCAGCCUCUGUUUUCUGAGGCCGUUGAGAGCAUCUUUAGCUACAGCGCCCUCCUGUGGGCUUGGUGCACGGUCAACACCAGAGCUGUGUACGUGAAGCACAGGCAGGAGCAGUGUUUUUCCACAGAGCCGAACACCUGCGCGCUCGCCCCGUACUUGGAUCUGCUGAAUCAUAGCCCACGUGUCCAGGUAAAAGCAGCAUUUAAUGAGGAAACUCGCUGUUACGAAAUCAGAACAGCUUCAGGCUGCAGGAAACACGAAGAGGUGUUCAUCUGCUAUGGCCCUCACGAUAACCAGCAGCUGCUCCUGGAAUACGGAUUCGUUUCCAUCCAGAAUCCUCACGCUUGUGUUUAUGUCUCAGAAGAUGUACUUGUUAAAUAUCUUCCAUUAACAGAUAAACAGAUGAACAAGAAGAUUUCCAUUUUGAAGGAUCAUGACUUUAUAGAAAAUUUGACAUUUGGAUGGGAUGGACCAUCUUGGAGGUUACGCACAGCUCUCAAGUUGUUAUGUCUGGAAGCCGAAGAAUUUACAUGCUGGAAAAAAAUACUUCUUGGGGAAAUAAUUUCAGAUACAAAUGAGAAGAGAAGUUUGGUUAUAGCCCAGAAAAUAUGCCAGUAUUUCAUAGAGGAGACCAAUGCUAUGCUGCAAAAGGUUUCUCAUAUGAAAGAUGAAAAUGUGGCUUUGAUAAACCAACUAGCUUUGGUAGAAACAUUGUGGACAGAAGAACUAAGGAUUCUGCAGGCGUCUGCUGAGAUUCUAAACAGUUUGCAAACAGCUUUUAGUUGAAAGGCAAAGUUACCAUGAAGUUCAACAUGCCCCAGUUCCCAGGAUAGCUUCUCUGGCCUAAAGUUUCUUUUCUCAUCUCAUUCUAUUUUUGGCAUCAAGAUUGUAUUAGCAUAAAAAAGAAUAACACAGCAGUUCUCACUUGGCUUCUUCCAUGUCUCUACUGAGCAGCCGACUGGUCCCACUGUACUCCUGGCUCUGCCACUUCCUGCUGACUAUGUGUCUGUGAGUCUUAGUUUCAUCAUCUGUAAAGUGGGUAUAAUAGUUCAGGGUUGCUGACACUUUGAGUGUCCAUGUGUUAAAGUACUUAUUGAUUUAUAAAUGCUGUACAAAGGAACAUUACUUUUCUGCUAGGAAGCCUGUGAGCGAAUAGACCAUUUGGCCCUCUCUGGACUCACUGCCUGGCAGUGGGGAAAUAAGUCUUGAUCAUGCUGCCAUUUUAAAGCAUUUUAAAUGAAGACCAUUUCUCUCUCCUCCUCUUGGCUCUCUCCCUCCCGGCCACUUUUGUCCAGGAGAUAAUGAAGAUUAGUUUUCAUUUCUUUUGCUCUUUCCUGGUUGUCCAGCCUCACUGUUUAGAGAGGCGCUCAGAGUUGUUUUCCCUUGAAUUUUUGCUUUUUACCAUUGUGUUUACAGUAAGAGUCAACUGCAGGUAAUGCUUGGAGCCAGUGAAAGUAUUAGAAAGCCGACCAGCUCUAGUCUUCUGACCCACAGAGACUAAGGUCAAGGAUUUUUUUCCCCCACUGGAGGAGGUCAUCAACCAGGAGGACGAUGAACCACAGAGGGUGGGCUGAGCUCAGGGCCAGUGUGGGCAGCUGGUAAACUCACUGUCUGAGAAGGCUCUGCAGUCCGCAUUCGGCUCUGCCCCUACUUACUGAGUCUCUCUUUACGUCCCGCAGGGCUGGAUUGUGUUCCCAGGCCUACAGGGAAGUUAAUAUCUGUUCAGUGGUUUGUUUAAAAGUUUGAAUCUGAUUGUGAGAUUCAAGCCAGUAGUGGCUUUUGGGGAGGAGAGGUGAAAGUCAUCCAAAUAUUGUGACAUGGGCAGCCUUUCUGUUGAUUUUAAAGAACUUUGUACAGUUUUCUGAGGCUCUUGGCAGCUCGGUGCUGGCCUGAUUGUUGGUGUAACAUGAGGCUGCCACAGACGUGGCCACAUAGUACUUAGGAGUGUGGUUCAUCGACUGUGAACCCGGACACCCAUGUUCUGGAUUUUCUUGCCAACCAACCGUCUUGAGGGAAUGAUUGGCUCAUCGACGUAACAUCUCUCCCUGACCCUUCUAUUCCAGCUACUUCUUAUUGAAAAUUACUAUGUGACAACUCUUGGUGUCCCUGUGAAGAAGACAGAGGGAUGCACUGUAUGAAACUUGCUUUCAUACUUGGCAUUUUGGCUGGCUGUCUCAGGAGGGUUGCUGUUGUACAAAAUGAUCUACUCUGUCAAGGGUGGAAAAGAAAAAAGGAGGAGCUUCUAGCUAUUUACAGGAUGUCAGAUUAUUAGAAGAAAAACUGGUGAAAGACAGAGAAGACUCUCAGGAAAUCCAGCAAGCCAAGAGCAUUGUGUGGUGUGGACAUGAGGGGAAAUGGAAGUCCCACUGUUUAGGUAAUAUCAAAGACUUUGAAUAAUCACAGAUUCACCAGAAUUUGCAAAAAAAAUUAUGCAGGAAAGUUCCAUGUACCUGUCACCCCUGUACCAUCUUGCCUAACUGUAGCAUGGUGACAAAACUAGGAAAUGAAGCAUAGUGCUUUUGAAACAGGAGUCACAUUGAAAGAAUGAAAUCACAGCACUAUUGCAAAGGUGGUGUUGACAAUUUUUUGAGCCCUACUAUGUGCCAGUCAAUAUACAGGGCAGCUGGAGUGUAAAAAAAUUAGUCUUGGGUCCUCCCCUGAGGGAGUUACAGAAUGAACAGGGAGACUGACAUUAAAUUAAAAAUUAUGCAGAUAAUUCAUUUUUAGAAAGGAUUUAUUUAUUUAUUGGAGAGAGCAGAAGGAAGAGGCAGAGGGAGAGGGAGAAGCAGGCUCCCCACUGAGUAGGGAGCCGGAUGUGGGAUUUGAUCCCAGUGCCCUGGGAUCAUGACCUGAGCCGAAGGCAGACGCUUCACCGACUGAGCCAAGAUUUGCCUAUGAUAUUGCAGUAACUACAGCUUUAAAGUUUGCUCCUAUGUACAUUUAUAAUUGUGUCCUUUCUGGGCUUAUUUUUGUCAAAUUUCCUCCCUUUUUUUUUUUCUUUUUUUUCCUAGUCUGUGGAAGCCAAGUAUGUCCUGGAGUGAAUGGGCACCGACAAUUGUGCCCACAAAUGGCACUUUAUGAGGAUUUUUUUUUAAAGAUUUUAUUUAUUCAUUUGACAGAGAUAGAGACAGCCAGCGAGAGAGGGAGCACAAACGGGGAGUGGGAGAGGAAGAAGCAGGCUCCCAGCAGAGGAGCCCGAUGUGGGGCUCGAUCCCAGAACGCUGGGAUCAUGCCCUGAGCCGAAUGCAGACGCUUAAUGACUGAGCCAUCCAGGCGCCCCUGUGAGGAUGUUUUUAACGGAAGUCAGCAGUUUGGCUGCAGAACGGCAAUCAGAACUCAGAGGCCUGCUCAUUGGUAUCGUCAGCUAGUGGGAGUGAGAGAGGACCAAAACGGACUUCUGCCAAGGGGGAGAAUUCUAGAAUGUUGGAUGUGUUUGACAAGACCCCAGAACAUCCUGAUGAUGCAGUCCUGAAUUAGGAUACCAGGAGGCACGUGACGGGUAGAAGUGCUGACUUUCCAUCUGUUCAAGUGGAGUGUCUUUUAGAGAGACAGAAAGUGCGGUGAGGAGGGGCAGAG